GCGAGGGCCCUGAGGCCUCCUCGUCACUGCUGCUGCACCCCAACACUGGGGUUGGAGUUGGCUGUCUCCGUCCUCACUUGUGCGAGGCGUGUGUGCAGAGAGCUUUGGAAGCCUGCUCGUGCCUGGGACCCCAAGUUAACUUUGUAAUGUGGGGCGAGUUAUUGCAUCUCUGGCUGGGCUGCCUCCUAUGUACGCAGCUGGGCGUUCCCACUACACGGGAGGCACGGAUGACCCCGGGGGGACCCCGGCUGCUCCUCCUGUGCGGGAGGAAGGGCUAGCAGUUUCUGGAGCGUGCUUUUGGCGAUGCUGGAUGGUCCGCUGUUCAGCCUGGAAGGGACUGGGCGCAUCUGGGGAAGGGGAGCUCCUGUACAAAUCGCUGUGUGCAGGACCUUGGAGAACAACACCAAGGCGUCAUCUCGGGAUCAAGCUAUGGUGAAAGAUGUUUCGCAAAGGCAAGAAGCGGCACAGCAGCAGCAGUUCCCAGAGCAGUGAGAUCAGCACGAAGAGCAAGUCUGUGGAUUCCAGCCUCGGGGGUCUUUCAAGAUCCAGCACUGUCGCCAGCCUUGAUACGGACUCCACCAAAAGCUCAGGACAAAGCAACAGUUUAGACACGUGCGCUGAGUUUCGAAUAAAGUAUGUUGGUGCCAUUGAGAAACUGGACCUGUCUCAGGGGAAGAGUCUCCAAGGACCACUAGACCUGAUAAAUUACAUAGAUGUCGCCCAGCAAGAUGGAAAGUUGCCUUUUGUUCCCCUGGAGGAGGAGUUUAUUCUGGGCGUUUCCAAGUAUGGCAUAAAAGUCUCAACCACGGAUCAGCAUGGUGUUCUGCACAGGCAUGCCCUGUAUUUAAUCAUCCGGAUGGUGUGCUACGAUGACGGCCUGGGAGCCGGGAAGAGCUUGCUGGCACUCAAGACCACGGAUGCAAGCAAUGAAGAAUACAGCCUUUGGGUUUAUCAGUGUAACAGCCUGGAGCAAGCCCAAGCAAUCUGCAAGGUCUUAUCCACAGCCUUUGACUCUGUGUUGUCAUCCGACAAGUCCUGACCUCUGCAGUCCCGUGGAAACUGGCCCAUCCGAGAGCUCGCCUGGUCCUGCAUCUUUCUGUUUCCCUCUGCAAUGGUGACCUGUGAGGGCUCUAAAGGAAGUGUAACGUGUGAAAUACCAGUGGCCAUUCAAAGUGUCACUAACAGUAGUUACCUACUUUCUGGGCUAAGAGGAAACCUUGGGGCUGGACAGAUGGCUCAGGAGUUAAGAGCACUUGCAAGGGACUUGGGUUCAGUUUCCAGCACCCACAAGGUGGCUCAAAACUGCCUGUAACUCCAGUUCCAAGAGAGCAGACUUCCCCUUCUCGCUUCCUCAGGUACCAGGCAUACAUGUGGUAUACAAUACAUACAUGCAGCCAGUCGUGCAUACAUAUAAUAAAAUCUAAAAAUAA